CAAUGCUGGGGAAUCAUGUCAAUGAAAUCAAAAUGCUCUUCGGGAUUGCUUUUUUAUUUUAUUUAUUUUCUCAAGACUCGUAUGGCAUAACGCGCAACCCCAAUGUUUGACACGAAACACCUCGGUCGAGACACACCAAAGCCGUCAUCAUGCCUGUAACCGAUUUUGAGUUCAAGGAGAAGUACAGAUACAAAAAUGGCUUUGGGUCAUACGUCGAAACAGAGGCAGUGCCUGGCGCAUUGCCCGUCGGCUACAACUCACCACAACAGCCACCACAUGGCCUGUACGCGGAGAAGCUGUCCGGCACCGCUUUCACGGCGCCCCGGCAUGAGAACCAGCAGACGUGGUGUUACCGCGUUCUGCCCUCUUGCACCCAUCCCCCGUUUGAAGAGGACUUAGAAGGCCCCUUCAACUUGACCAAGCCGUACAGUCCUGCUAGCCUGCGAAUCAUCCCCAACCAGCUGCGAUGGGACCCCUUCGACCAUGACGACCAAACCGACUUCGUCACCGGUUUGCGCUUAAUCGCCGGGGCAGGGGAUCCCACAUUGAAACAGGGCAUCGGCAUGUACAUCUAUGCCGCCGGAAAAUCAAUGAACUCGCAUUCAGCCUUCUACUCAGCCGAUGGUGACCUCCUCAUCGUUGCCCAAGACGGCGUCCUCGAUAUUCGCACCGAGCUAGGCUGGCUUCUCGUCCGCCCCAUGGAAAUCUGUGUCAUCCCCCGCGGCAUCAAAUACCAAGUCCAUCUCCCCUCGGGCCCGGUCCGCGGAUACGCCCUCGAAAUCUACCAGGGGCACUUCACGCUUCCCGAGCUCGGCCCUAUCGGGUCCAACUGCCUCGCCAACGCGCGCGACUUCCAAGCUCCCCUCGCCUGCUUCAGCGAGGACUUUGGCGCCACGGCCGCUUCGGGGCCGAAUAGCUACUCUAUCACCGCCAAGUUCAACAACGGUCUUUUUGUCACCAAGCAAAACCACACGCCUUUCGACGUGGUGGCUUGGCAUGGGAAUUACUACCCGUACAAGUACGACCUCGGCCGCUUCAACACCAUCGGGACUAUUUCCUUCGACCACCCCGACCCGUCUAUCUUCACCGUCUUAUCCGCAUUUUCGGAUCACCCUGGCACCGCCGUCGCCGAUUUCGUCAUUUUCCCGCCCCGCUGGCUCGUCGCUGAGGAUACAUUCCGCCCGCCUUGGUACCACCGCAACACCAUGUCCGAGUUCAUGGGUUUGAUCGAGGGCGUGUACGAUGCUAAGAAGGGCGGAUCGGGGGGGUUCAUGCCGGGAGGGGCUAGUUUGCAUAAUGUGAUGAGUGGGCAUGGGCCGGACGCGGAGAGCUGCGAGGGCGCGAGGAAUGCGGAGUUGAAGCCGAUGCUCGUGGGCAAGGGGAGCUGUGCUUUCAUGUUUGAGAGUUAUUUGAUGGUUGGCGUUACGGAGUGGGGUCUUAAGACGUGUCGGAAAGUGCAGAGUGCAUACAAUGAGCAUAGCUGGAAUGGGGUCAAGGUCCAUUGGAAGAGGCCCGAGGGUGCAAGCACUGAUGGGCAUUUGCUGAAGUGAAUUGAGAGUGGUAUUUUAGUCACGAAUAGUAGUAAGUGGGACUCAUUGAAAAACAGCAUUACAUAUCCAGACACAAGUAAGAACAUCAACCAAUGCCCACCCAAAACAAACGGAAUAACUUCCUCUUCCCCAGUUCUCAGGAAUCCAACUUCAACUCCGGGUACUCAGGAACUACAAGUCCCCCCUUGUUCUCGGGCAACAACUGAUUCAGCAACCUAUCAAUCCCCAACCAAGCUAUAAGUGCCAUCACAAUAUGCAAGACCCGAAUGCCCC